GACAGGGUUCUGCCCAUGACUGCAGGAUUUGGAAGAUCAUGUGGUCACUGAAGGUCCCAGCCAAGAUAAAAAUCUUCAUCUGGAAAUCACUUCAUGGUGCGCUCCCUUGUAAAGCUGUUCUUGCGGACAGACACAUCAAAACCAGCGCCCAAUGUCCCAUGUGUUUAAAUGGGGCUGAAGAUAUUCGACAUCUUCUUUUCCUAUGCCCUCGUGCUCGAUGGGUCUGGAAUGAACUUGGGAUUUUGCCGGAGAUCGACAAAGCUUGCCUGGUUGACAGAGCAGGCUCUUCAAUCUUGGAAUUCCUUCUCCUGUGGCCUUUCAAAGGGAACCACACACUGGGGCUUGGGCCUAUGCCUGAAUCGAUUGCGAUUGCAGCCUGGUUCCUUUGGUGGGAUCGGCGAAACUUUGUGCACGAACAGAAGCUACAGAAACCAGAAGCUUCGGCUAUGAGUAUCAAGGUUCUUAUUUCAAACUUCACGAAAGCUUGUUCGUCAAAGGCCUCUCCUAAACGUAAUGGCUGGUCUAAACCUCCAGAGGGGAUGGUGAAGCUCAACGUGGAUGCGGCUUUCAAUUCGGAUGAUUUAUCGGGCGCUGUGGCUGCUGUUAUUCGGGACGAGGCGGGUCACUUUGUUGCUGGUGCAAAUGAGAGGAUUAAUUGGUGUGCCGAUGCUCAUAUUGCCGAGACCCUGGCACUCAAGUUUGGCUUGAAUCUAGCCCUCUCGAUUGGCUGCUUUAGAGUCUUGGUGAGUGGCGAUAAUCUCCAAGUGAUUGAGACUAUGGUUGAUGGCGUCCCCUCAUCAGCUCUUGCGGCGGCUGUGUACGACGAUUGCUUCCACUUGUCCGACGAGUUCGUAAUAAUCGGCUUUGAACAUUGCGCUCGAGAGGCGAACUGUGUGGCCCAUGAACUAGCUAAGCUAGCUAGAUUUUCAGACCAGGGGAUUUGGCUCGAUGACCCUCCUCUUUGUAUUGUUCCCUUUCUGGUCUCUGAUGUAACUCUCCUCAAUGAUCAAUAAAGUGCUUGCUUAGUUUCAAAAAAAAAGUUGGAAGCCUGAAACUUCAACUAACGCCAGAGGUGAUGGCGUUUCACUCUCGAGGCAAAUCUGUCCCUUGCUUGCAACUGGCUCCUGGAGAAGGGUGCAGACGCUAGAGGCUGCAGCAUUUCGGUCGGGCCUGCAAGCGUCAUCACCCCCGGCGUUUGCCACAUCAGCAACGACCGCCCAGCUAAGCCACUCGCCAUGUUAGACGUGACGCCAUAGGUUCUGGCGUUUCGUUCGUGAUGAAAACGCCGGCAUUAGUGGCGUUUUAAAAAAAAGUCAUAUCCGAAAAUAGUUUCGAGAAAAGGUGUUUUUGUUUCAACUUUCACAAAAGGAUUAAAUCUGUGGU